CAAAACUUGACGUGAGAUGACGUGACGUGUCGGGUCAGAAGUAAAUUACUGCUUCAAUCACCGAUUUUGCCAUUACCGUAAUUUGGUUAUUUGUGUUUUGUUCACUUCGUAAACUGUUCUGCAAUGAGUCGCCGAGACAAGAAGGAAGACGAGGACAGUAGUAGUACUUUCCAAAAUCUGGAUAAGACUACUCUUUUACAGGAGGCAAGAUAUUUUAACUCGACACCAGUUAAUCCUAAAAAAUGUAUACAUAUCCUAACCAAGAUCCUGUAUUUGCUAAAUCAAGGAGAAAAGUUAAAUACUCAAGAAGCCACUGACAUAUUUUUCGCAACUACGAAGUUGUUUCAAUCCAAGGAUGUCGUGUUACGCCGGCUGGUAUAUCUGAGCAUCAAGGAACUCAGUUGUAUGGCACAAGAUGUCAUCAUAGUAACAUCAUCUCUUACUAAGGACAUGACGGGCAAAGAGGAUUUGUAUAGGGCGGCCGCGAUCCGUGCUUUGUGCACAAUCACUGAUAGCACAAUGUUGCAAGCGAUUGAGCGUUAUAUGAAGCAAGCUAUCGUGGACAAGAACCCCGCUGUGAGCUCUGCUGCCCUUGUGUCUGCACUCCAUCUGUCUGCUACAGUGCCGGACCUGGUACGACGAUGGGUCAUGGAAGCUCAGGGUGUCAUCACAUCUGACAACGCUAUGGUGUCAUACCAUGCUUUAGCCGUAGUGGCUGGGGCCCGGCGCAACGAUCGCCUCUCGACAGUCAAGCUGGUAACAAAAUUGGCCCGGACUCCGCUGCGCUCUCCAUAUGCCCUUUGUCUUCUUAUUCGUCAUGCAGCCAAAUUAACUGAGGAAGAUCAAAGUGAUGCUUCAGAGCCCUAUAUUGAUUUCAUUGAAUCAUGUUUGCGUCAUAAAUCCGAGAUAGUAGUCUAUGAAGCUGCUCAUGCCAUUGUGAAUUUAAGAAAAUCUGCUCGAGAUCUUGCCCAGGCAGUUUCUGUACUACAAAUAUUCUGUGGCUCCUCCAAGGCUACAAUGCGAUUAGCAGGUGCUCGCACAUUAGCAAAACUGACAGCUAAACAUCCCAAUGCUGUAGCAGCUUGUGCCGUCGAUCUGGAAAAUCUUAUUUCUGACCCAAAUCGCUCUGUAGCCACUUUAGCCGUAACAACGCUCUUGGCUACUGGCGCAGAAAGUUCUAUUGACCGUUUAAUGAAACAAAUUUCAAGUUUCAUGUCUGAAAUAUCGGAUGAAUUCAAAAUCGUAGUAGUGCGUGCGAUAAGGCGCCUUUGUUCCAAGUAUCCACGUAAACAUCAAUCACUGGCAUCAUUUUUAGCUGGCAUGCUCCGUGAUGAAGGUGGAUUGCAGUACAAGACUGCCAUUGCCGAUGCUAUAAUUGCUCUUGUUGAAGAAAAUCCUGAUGCUAAAGAGACAGGUUUGGCACACCUCUGUGAGUUUAUUGAAGACUGUGAACAUGCUUCUCUAGCAGUUCGCAUAUUACAUAUCCUGGGCCGUGAAGGACCUAAAGCUCGUCAGCCAUCCAGGUAUAUUCGGUACAUAUACAAUAGAGUAAUUUUGGAGUCAGGUCCGGUUCGCGCUGCAGCUGUGUCGGCUGUUGCUCGUUUUGGAGCAGCUCGUCCUGAAUUGCUUCCAAAUAUAAGGGUUCUGCUGGCCCGCUGCCAAUUAGAUGACGAUGAUGAAGUUCGCGAUAGAGCUAUUUAUUAUAGCGCUAUUUUGGAUUCUGGUGAUUCACAACUCAUCAAUGAUUACAUAAUAAAUGUCCCUAUACCUAACCCUGUACUUCUAGAAAGGGCACUGCACCAUUAUUUGACAUCUGAUCUUGUAAUGACAGAAGAUUUCAAUAUUGCUACAAUCCCGACAAUAGCUGAAGAGUCACAAGAGCCUAAAGAAGCUCCUGUUGAAAUUGAAACAAGACCUCCGAUGAUAUCUCGUGAGGAGCAAUAUGCUGAUCAAUUGAAAGUUAUUCCAGGCAUUGAGAAACUUGGUCCAAUUUUCAAAACAUGUGAGCCUGUUGACUUGACCGAACCGGAGACGGAGUAUCGUGUUCAAUGCGUUAAACAUGUUUUCGCCCGCCAUUUGGUCCUUCAAUUUGAAUGUACAAAUACACUGAGCGAUCAACUUCUGGAAAAAGUUCACAUAAGACUGGAAUCUGCUCCAGGUUAUAAAAUAUUAACCGAAGUUCCAUGUGAGCAACUGCCGUAUGAUAAGCAAGGAAGCAUAUUUUGUCUAUUAGAGUUCCCUGAGACCCCGAUUGAAACUUUGGGAACAUUUGGAGCUACACUAGAGUUUGUGGUGCGUGACUGUGACCCAACCACUGGCCUGCCAGAUUCAGGUGAGGGUUAUGCCGAUACCUAUCCAUUAGAGGAAAUCGAAAUCGGCUGUGCUGAACAAUUUAGGACGCGCGCUGCCUCCGACGACUGGGAAGCGUCUUGGGAGAGGGCUGCUGCCGCUGAUGAAGCUUGUGAUACAUUUGGUUUGUCUCAAACCGACGUAGGAGAGGCUGCUAAAGCAGUAUGUGAACACUUAGGGAUGCCCAUAGCCGCAGUCACAGGUGAUGCUGUUAAGGAGAUUCGCGGUGGUGGCAUUUGGCGCGCGGGCACCCCCGUGCUUGUUCGAGCACGACUUGUAAUGGCCGGAGGAGCUGUUACUAUGCAACUGAUAGCUCGCUCGCCACGUGAAGACAUUGCCACCUUGUUAUUGGCUGCUGUUGGUUAAUUUAUGUAUAAGAUUCCUAAUAUCUGUAUAACAUAUAACUUGUGCCUUUCCCUCCCCCUCCCAAAUUUAAUAUACAGUAUGUUUUGAGAGGCCUUAAUGGCGAAUAUUGAAUAGAAAAGUAGAUUUUGAUAAACGCAUCAAACCUGAAUAUUGUAAUUUGUUUUUUUUUUUGUUAAUAAAAACAUGUUUGAAAAUAAUCUUGGUUAUGUGUUAUAGUGUUACAUUGAAUGUUAUAUUAAACAUAUUAUAAUUA